AGCGUAGUUCAGCGUAGUUCAGCGUAGUUCAGCGUAGUUCAGCGUAGUUCAGCGUAAAUAUUUCUUUGUUUGUUGUUUUAACACUUUUUUGUUCAGCGAAAACCUGAUUUAUAAGUUCUCGAUUUACAUUGUUUAACUGAUUGUUUGUAACAAUGGACGACAAUAUUCGAUUGUUUCCAAUAACAAUACAAGAGGAAGAAAGACAAUUGAGGUUGGCUCUUCUGCAAAGUUUGGAGGAAUCGCUAGGUGGCAUAAGUGAUGAGUCGGAAGAUGGCGCUAGUGAAGAUGAGUCUUCGCGUGGUGGCGGUAAAGAUCAAACACGCAGCAGUCGCUCGACCGCGUACACGAGGUCCAACACAAUAGGGGUUGCGUCACCGAGUACGUCAUACACGUACACUGAUACGUCACCACAAUCGAUGUUACGUAGGUCGAUGUCUAUUGGAGGGGGUUCCCCGCCGCGACCGACGCUGAAAACCGAUUGUUGCGAAGUGAAGAACGCGUUAUUGGUACGUAACAAAGAAUAUAUACAAUGCCUUGUGACGUCAUGGGGGCGUGUGACGUCACCUCUACACGCAGCCGUGCGAAAAGGUCACGAUUAUUGUUUGGAAGCUUUGCUCAAGGCAUUUCCCGAUCUCGUGAAUUCUACCAACACAAACGGGGAAACUCCCCUUUACUUAGCUGCAAUCCACUCAAAGGUCAGAGCGGCGAAGAAACUUAUUGAGUAUGAGGCGGAUCCUAACAUUGGGCGGAACACUCUAGAGACACCACUGGUGGCUGCUGUGGAUAAUGACAACCGCGAGAUGGCGCUGUGUCUCAUUAAAGGUGGCGCUGACGUGAACAAAUCAUUGAACCGUGGAUGGACGGCGUUGCACGAAGCUGUUUAUAGAGGCCACACCCAAGUACUUGAAUUACUUCUCGCAAAAGGGGGAAACCCUAACACGAGAGACGGGUUCGGGAUCAGCCCCGUGUUCACUAGCGCCGCAUGUGGUAGAAGUAUCUGCCUUGAGAUGUUACUUAUAGCGGGUGGCGAUCCUAACCUGUGCGCUAAAAGUAAAUCGGCUUCACCCUUAUACGAGGCCUGUAAGGAAGGUCAUGUUGAUUGCGUCAUCAGGUUGUUACGUCAUGGGGCGGAUCCACAUUUAGUCAACUGUGAAGGAUUGUAUCCGCUGCAUAUUGCCGCACAUAAAGGAUAUAUUGAGAUCGUGGAAAGAUUACUCCCGGUCACCGACCGCACGUUGGCGCAAGAGUGCGGGAUGAGUCCGGUGCAUUCAGCUGCUAAAGGAGACAACAUAGAAAUCUUAGAAAUGCUUAUCAAAGACGGAUAUGACGUCAACGUUAAACUGACCCGAGACAAAAUAACCUACAGAGACCGACGACAAACGGCAUUGUUCUUCGCUGUGUACAACGAUUCGGAGGAAGCGACCGAAAUCCUUCUGGAAGCUGGAGCCGAGACCGAACUUGAUUAUGUGAAGCCACUAUUAGUAGCGGUGAGCCACAGCCAAUACAACAUGGCCGACCUCCUGAUGACGUAUGGUGCUGACGUCAACGCUUGCUUUAAUGAAGAUGGCGCCACUUUUCCCGCCACCGUCGCUUUUGCGCUUCGAGAUUACAGGAUGCUGAAACAAAUUCUCGUGUCGGGUUGUGACGUCACAAAGUGUCUUUCCUGUCACAUAGGUAACCGCGAUCAUUCGCGAUUCGAAGAAAACGAACAAAGGAAAUCGUUUUGUUUUUACCUGACUGAGUCGCACAACGUUGGUUGGUGCGGAGACGCUGUUAGGUAUUUAUUGCAAUUUACUGGAUCGUUGAAACUAUGUGAUCGUAUUAUGGGGGUCGUGAGGGACGGAGAUGAAUGGGACGAGAUACAACAGCUGACCGAAACCCCACGUUCGCUCCUACAUUUGUGCCGGUUAAAAAUACGCCACCUACUGGGCACUAAAGCUGUAAGAGAGCAGCGUACCUUUGAGAUACUUCCCCUGCCGCGACCACUAACGGAUUAUCUAACUUACUGUGACGUACAAUGACCUCUACAAUAUAGCAUUGUGACGUGUGAAACGCACCUGAUUAUGACGUAAUAAUACGGAUUAUGCAAAAAUACCAGAACUGAAAUAUUUUCUUGCAUUCUGACCACGUGACAGAACGUUGUAUUUUUAUUGGACAGAAAUUUCUUGCGUAGCAAUCACGUUUUGUUUUAUACAAUAAACGAGUUCUCGAACUAUUA